AACCUACCACCGUGGUAUACUGUGACACGAGUACUGGAAUCUGCUGAGCCGGCUUCGUUUACGCAAUGGUUUGAUGAGUGGGUCGAUACCAAAACUACUAAGACCUUUGUGCCACACCUGUUCCAAGUUUCCGACAAGACUGGAGGAAUGAACGUCGAAGAGAUCGCUAAUUAUAUUAGGGAGCGUAAGCAAGGAGAUAGUCUUGAUGGUGACGACGUCAUGAUACUUGACGCCCUUAACCGUAUCUAUGUAUGGGUUGGGGAAGGCGCUAACCCAAGUGAGAAAACUAAUGCGGUCCAUACAGCUGAGGCAACACAACAAAACAGGUUGAAAGUGGUGACAAUAUUCGACAGGGAAAUUGAGAACAUCUCAGAUCCGACAGCAAGGAAUUCCCUUAGGUUUGAUGAGUGGGUCGAUACCAAAACUACUAAGACCUUUGUGCCACACCUGUUCCAAGUUUCCGACAAGACUGGAGGAAUGAACGUCGAAGAGAUCGCUAAUUAUAAUCAGGAGAGUCUUGAUGGUGACGACGUCAUGAUACUUGACGCCCUUAACCGUAUCUAUGUAUGGGUUGGGGAAGGCGCUAACCCAAGUGAGAAAACUAAUGCGAGUCUUGAUGGUGACGACGUCAUGAUACUUGACGCCCUUAACCGUAUCUAUGUAUGGGUUGGGGAAGGCGCUAACCCAAGUGAGAAAACUAAUGCGAAAUACUUGAAAAUUGGUAAACUACCUCGUCAUGAAAAAACAACGAUUGAGACGAUCUAUCAAGGAAAAGAAACCCCUGGGUUCAAGAGUCUCUUUCCGAAGUGGGACGACAAGCUGUUCAGAAGUGUAAGUGUUUACAUUGUCCUGGGUGAACGCUCAGUGCAGAACAUGAGGAAACUUCUCUUCAACUGA